AUGAAUUUAGGAAUAGAUUAAAUAAUUCCAAAUAUUUAUAGCACCAUUGGAAACUCAACUUAAUCAUUUAUUUUAGAUGAUUGUGUAUUGGAAUUUCAAUAAUAUUUGGAGAAAGUAAUUCCAAUUUCAUUUUAAGACUCAAAACCUAAGAAAUUUAUAUUUAAAGACUAAAUAACAAUUAAUGUCAUAAGUAUCAUCUAUUAUUAAACAUUAUAGCAUCACUUUUAAAUCUCAUAAAUCAAUCAGAUUUUAUAAAACCUUAUGAUAAAGAAAUUACUACUACCACUCUUAAUAAAUUAAACAAAAUUGUUUAAGAAAUAUCACAAAAUUAAUAAAUUCGAAUUUUAAUUAAUUAAACUAUAUUAAAUAUAGAAAGAGAUACCAAUCGAUUAUUAUUAGAUUUAUAAGAUUUAUUUUAAUUACUAAUCUCUUCUAAAUCUUGUGGUAAAAUGAUACUGUUUAAAUAAUUUGAUUAAUACGUAAGAAAAUUACAAUAACAUAUGUUUUUUUGGGAAAAUUUGAUAUUAUUAGAAAAUUAGUAAACAAUCAUCAAAAUUUAAAAGGAAUCAUUAAUAAAGGAAACUGAUUUAAUCAAUAAAAUUGAAUAAUGGAAAAUUGUUAUAAAUUAAGAAAGAAAUCGAGAAUCAACUUCAAAAGCCUCUUCUCUAAUAUUAGAACAAAAGAAAAUCAAUCAAACUUAAUUUAUUUAAUAAACUAAAAUCCUUAAAGCUUUACAAUAAUAUUGUGGAUUGGGUCUUUAGAAGAAUUAACUAUAAUCUAUUUAAUUAUUUGAAGAUUUAGCAAAAUAGGGCAAUCCAUUAGCAAAAGCUAUUUUAGGUUAAUUAAUUUUGGAAGGCUAAAUUUUUGAGCGGAAUUAUGAAAAAGUAUAUUCUUAUGAUUGAAUAUUUAGGCAUAUGAAUAUUUUUCAGAAAGUGCAGAUUAAAAUUGUCCAAUCGGAAUUUAUUUUAUGUCAAAACUAAUAUUAGUAAUUAUAAUUAUGUAAUUUCUUUAUUUAGGAUGGAAAAGUUUAAAAUAAAGUAUUUGCAGAAUCAUAAUAAUCAACUAGUAAAUUCCAUAAUACAAACAAUUCUAGGAUUGAUGAAUUCCAAUUUGCAAUUUCAAUGUUGAAAAUAGCUUCAGAAUCAGGACAUACUGAAUCUAUGAUCUAUUUGGGAGAUUUAUAUUUUUUAGGAUUCAAAUUAGAUGAUUGUACAUAAAUAUUAUAAUAUAAAAGUUAAUCUUGAAAGUGAUUAUUCUACAUCUGAGAUUUAUUACAAAGAGGCUUAAAAAUAAGACAAUGUUGAGGCCAAAUAUAAACUUGCUAAACUUUAUUAAAAAAUGUGCAAAAUUUCUAUAUAUAAAGUAUAAUCAUCUUAUAUACAUUUUUAGAAUAGGAUAUCUUUUGUUUAUCCUUUGUUAUUAGAAGCUAAAAAUAUGGAUUAUUUACCUGCUUAUUAUGAUUUGGCUAAAAUAUUGAUUGAAGGUAUAAAGGAUGAAUUGUAACCUAAUUAAAUUAUGGCUGAAUUAAUUUUAGAAUAAGGAGCUAUGAAAGGCAAUUAAGAUUGUGCAAAACUUAUUUUAGAAAACAAAUAUAAUAAUUUAAUUAAUGAUAAAAUCAAAUUAUAAGAAUUUCUAUAAUUAUUAGAUUAAUUAGAUUAAAUGCAGAAUAAUUCUGAAAAUUUAACUUUCUAUUAUAGAGGAAAAAUUGCAUAAAAUGGAUUUCAAACAGAAAAUAAUAAUUAAUUUGCAAUAUAACUUUUUAAGUAAACUAUAAGAUUUUUCAAAUAGUUUGGGAGCAAAUUUGGGUUGUUAAAAGUGUAAGUUUGAGCUGAGUUAAUAAUCUUCAAAAAAAGAUUUAAAUAAAAAGAAAGAAUUAAUUGAAAAAUAUGAAGAAUCAGAAAAACCAGAAAAAUUUAAACCAAAUCUUGGAUUUGUAUAAUUAGUUAAGUAAAGUGAUUGGAGAUUAAGAUUUAAAAAAUAAAGCAUAUUUUCAAAUCCAUUUAAUGCUUCAUAAAAUGAAAAUGAACAAUCAACAAAGUAUUAUUAAAAAAAUUAAAUUUUAGAUAAGCUAGAAUGACAGCUAGUAUUAUUAAAACAAUUGAUAUAAAUGAUCCAGAUAAUAAGAGAAAGAGAGUUAUAUCUGAUUAUACUGGAUUUUCUUAGUAAUAAUCUCCAGAUUAAAGCAUUUUGUUGUCAAAUUUAAAAUUUAAUUCAAACGAUUAAAAUUAAAUUAAUCUAAAUGAACAAAUUUAAAACUAAAAACAAAAAAAAAUAUCAUAAUUUACAAAAAAUGAAAAAUCAAAAAUUUUAAGACACUUAUCUUAACAUUCAAUUCAUUCAUAAUCUUAAAAUGUCUUAAAUUUAUAAAAUGAUUGA